UUUCCUUUUCGCUUCACCGGGUCGUUGUUCUGCUGCGUAAAUGUAUUAAUCUACAAAUCAUCUAGAUAGUCAGACACAUGAUGAUGUUAUAAUUUGGGCUAUGAAUUUGUUGUAUAGAUCAAUGAAAGUGUAUGCGCCAUGCGCGCACUUAAUGUAAAGUCUGGAGCCGCAUGGCGUAAGGAGGAGCGGCUUUUACGCAAAUGUAGAUUCUCAUUGGGUCUGUCCAAUGAGAGAACGACUGAAGUUAUUAUUUUAUAACGUCAGACAGCUGCAUGGUGUAAAUAGGCCCUGUAUCUAGAACAAUCUGAAGAGGUUUUCCACGGCAUAGAUUCCAGCGUCAUAUGUCCAAUAGACAUGAAUAACGCCAGAUUGGAUUGAUCCUGGGUUGACGUGUGUGUGUGUGUCCAGAUGGCCAUGUCUCUGGCUGACAGAGCUCUAGGAGCCAUCAUUGGAUCAGCUGUAGCCGACGCAGCAGCCCAGCCCCUGCACUGGGUGUACGACCUGGAUAAACUGGAUGGCUUCCUGAAUGAGGCCCCGACACCUGAGUUCAGGCCCAAGUCAGCCAACCCUUUCUACCGCCGUGACACGGGUAACCAGAGCUGCUACGGGGACCAGGCCUUCGUGUUGCUGGAAUCACUGUCUGAAUGUGGAGGUCUGAACGUCAAUGAUCUGAGAAAGAGGACGUAUAACUUCUUUGGGCCCAGGUCUGAGUAUGACACCCCUGUCAAUGACCCGUACAGGGAUAGGAGUGGACCCAGACCCCAGCUGCCCAUUGAGGGACCAUGGCGACAUGGAAGUAUAAAGAGCUUCAUGAAAAACAUGGACGCAGGCCAGGAAGACACAGGAUGUGAGACGGACUUUCAGCCGGAUGGCAUAGCGAAGCUGGCUCCGAUCGUGGCGUUGUAUGCUGGGAAGCCUGACAUGUUGGAGAAGGUAGAGGAGGCUGUCCGAGUCACGCAGAACAAUGACGCGUGUGUGGCUGAGACACUGGCAGCAGCAAGGAUCCUAGAGCAUUUCAUCCUGAAUGGUCCUUCUUUCUGUUCCAGGAUCCUAGAGCAUUUCAUCCUGAAUGGUCCUUCUUUCUGUUCCAGGAUCCUAGAGCAUUUCAUCCUGAAUGGUCCUGAUGAGAAGGUCCUGGAUUCUGUGCUUGAUCAGCUCACUGACCCGAACAGGAAACAGCCACAGGACUUGGACAAAGCUGUGGUUGGCCACAUUUACCAGGUGAGGGAGAAUCUGUCCAAGGCUCACCAGGAUCUGAUCCCCAGUGUGUUCCCCAACAGCUGUGGUUUGCCUGGUUCAUUCCAAGCGGCGCUGCAUGGGGUCCUGACGGCUAAGGAGUUUGAUCAAGCUAUCAGGGACACCAUGGUGUGCGGAGGAUGCACAUGCAGCAGGAGCUCAUUCAUCGGUGCUUGUCUAGGGGCUCAGAUUGGGCUUCAAGGCAUCCCUAACUCAUGGAAGACCAAGACACUACGGUACAACUCUCUCCUGGAACUCGGCAAAAAAGUGACUGAACGUUAUCACCAAAUGUAAUCCAACUACUUCUGACCGUUUAUUAUUCACAUUCUAGAUGACCACGUAUGUAAUGUAACCUUAUUACCACCCGUUCCCACUAUCUUCACUGACUGGUGCACUUUGACAGAACAUUAAAUGAAGGGCCCGGCCUAAACUAGUGGGUUGGAACUGGAUGCUCUUGAUUCUGUUGACUCGUAGCAUGUUGUAUGAAGAUGUUUCUACUUGUUAUUUUCAAUGAAGGCAUUUCUAUAAUAAAGCCAUCCUUAUAAACA